AUGGCCUUCAAUUCACGCAUCUCUCGCCUUUUGCGCCUCUCUCUGCCUCAAUUCCGGCUGCCUCUUUCGACAGGCAGCAGCAGAAUUUUGCGUGACGGCCGCAUAUGCCGGGAAUUAAGGCUGGCUCCUCCUUAUCGUGAUGCUGCUUCUCCAUCCUUCUCUCUCCACGCCCGGCCGUCCACUCCUGACCGUGACCUGAUUGCUUCCCUGUCGGAUUCGCUUCCCACGACUCCUCCCCCGCCUUUUUAUUCCACGCUCGCCUCCAUACUCUCAAAGGUGGAUUCCCCCGAUAAAGCCGUGGCCCCCUCCUCCGCCGCCUCAACCGCCGUCCCGCCCUCCCCGGCCUCCUCCACGUCCCGCACUCCUAGCAGCAACGAUGCUGGUCACUCGCUUCCGUCUGGCCUUCAUCCCCGGGUGGCCGUGAUUCUAGGAGUCGAUCGGAAAUGGUAUCUACCUCUGCUGAUCUGCCGCGCACUGAGCACCGUGCCGGCCGCGUGGUGGGGGCUACGAUGUUCCUUCACCUUCUUGGCCGAACUGCUACACAUUCGGCCGGGCAUAGGACAUGAGGGGUGGGCGGCGGCCAUUGUCGGGAGCGUUGGGCAAGACUGGGAUGUUGAGAGAAGAUUUCGCGUAACAGAGGUGGCGUUGGCUAUUAUGUGGUGCUGUGCAUCUGCAUAUCUUUCCUACUUUUUUGCUGAUUGUAUGAUGUCUCGAUGGCUUUUGAACUAUACCCCACCAGCUGUUGUUAUUCGUCUCCUUACUACAAACGGUUUGAUUGCUUAUAUCACUUCUUGGGUACUCUAUCUCUCUGGGGCUUCUUCCGACCCACGCCUCCUCUUACCAGCCUGGAUAUCCAUUACUACGACCCUUACCUUCCUUUACCACGCCACCCAAAAUCAUGCGACCAUCAAACGUGAAACCGCAGCUGCACUGCUCGUCGUCUCCGUGGCCAGUUUCGUGAGCAUGUCGUCACUGCUCCUGCAGUUACAUUUGACCCGAGAGAACGAGCCCGAAGUGCCUUUGUUCGUCAUCACGCGCAAGCUUUGGGAUUGGGCCGUUGCGAUCUUCCUUCGCAUGCGGGUGUCGGACGAUCGGGCCCCCGUUGGGGAAUUGUAGGCUGGGACGGGGUUGAUCGACUGAUCGAUCACGGCACUAGUCAUAUCUCCAUAGACUAUUUGUGUCUUGGUGUCGUUGGGUAUUCAUCAUCCCUUACCUAGUGAAUAGAAACCCUAGCUACAAAAAAUACAUCAUUUGAAAUCUAAGCGGGGAAAGUGAUUCUAGGAAGAUUACAGUACUUUGCAAUAGUGACAUAAUAUCAAUGAUGGAUUCACCAAAACCAUACCGUCAAGAAUGAGGUCAUUCUCGAGCAAAGACAUGGAAAUGACUGAGGAUAGCAUGUAGCACACAACGAUCGGAACACUGAUGGAAACGAACAAGCGAGACCCAUCCCAUUCAACCCGUCACAAUCCAGGCCGA